GAGAAACUUUUGAAUAAAGAAGUUAUUAAUGAUAUUAAAAUUUUAAAUUAUAUGACAGCUGAUAUGAAAAUAUUUGCAGCAGAUGAAAGAGAUGUAUUACAACAGUUGGAUAUUAAAUCAUUGCUUAAUUUGGAAUAA